AUGUCUGAGUCCCUGAGCCAACUUCAAGGCAAACACAUCCCCGAUAUGAUAUCAUUUUCUUUCUUGGUCUUCACAGCAAUAGUAACGUAUCUUUUAUGGGGCUUGUACUCGUAUUUCCUCUCACCACUGAGGAAGUUUCCGGGCCCACGCCUGGCAGCAUGGACAAGACUGUGGUAUCUUCUUCAAGUCAAAUCGGGCGCCUCACACCUUGUGCUGAAGCGACUCCACGAGGAGCUUGGACCGAUCGUUCGAAUUGCCCCCAAUGUCUUGAAUAUCAAUCUUCCGGAAUGCAUUGACACGAUUUACGAUCGUAAGGGGGAAUGGCGGAAGACCGAGUUCUACCACGGCAGCAGUGCCCUCGUUGACGGGGAGAUCAUCUUUAACCUCUUCAGUGAGACAGAUCCUGAGAGGCAUAAACAAGAGAGAAAGCAGGUUGCGAAGCACUACUCUCGACGAAGCAUCUCAUUUCUAGAGCCGAAGAUGAACGAUACCAUCAAGCUGCUUUGUAACCAGCUUGAUAAGCAGUGUAUCGGAAGCCCAGGCGCCGAAAAGAAUGGUUGCGAUCUGGGAGCAUGGAUAUUGUAUUAUGCUUGGGAUGUUGUCGGCACCGUCACGUUUUCGCAGCCUUUCGGUUACCUCAAAGAGGGCCGCGACUUUGAUGCCACACUGGGUAUUGCCAAAAUUGCCAUGGAGUAUUUCGCCGUCAUCGGCACUGCCCCGUUUCUAGACCGCCUACUAGCCAAAAACCCCAUCUUCCCCAUGGGACCGCCAGGGUUCGACAACAUCACAAGGAUUUCCGUCAACCACCUCCGCCAAAGAUUGCAAAAAGUCCGUAGUGACCUUGAUAGUCCCGGGAUUCAAGACUUUCUGGACAAAUUUCUCGAAACUCAGAAGGCUGCCACGGGCAGUGUCAACGAGGCUCAAGUAGUCUCCUGGCUCAUGAUCAACAUGAUCGCAGGUGCCGACACAACCGCAGGCGCCAUUCAAAGCGCGCUUUAUCACUCCUUAAAAGACCCCCGCAUAUGGGAGAGACUGACCAACGAGAUUCUUCAGGCUAGGUUCAACGACGAACCACCGAGCUAUGAUUCCGCACGCGACCUUCCCUAUCUGAAAGCAGUCAUCUGCGAGGCUCUUCGCAUGUCGCCUGGAGUCUGCAUGACAAUGGAGCGCUACGUUCCUAAGGGGGGCAUCACACUUCCUUCGGGUGAUUAUAUUCCCGAAGGUUACAUUGUGGGAAUGAACCCAUACGUGACGAACAGAAAUCGUGAAAUCUUCGGCGACAAGGCCGAUGACUUUUGUCCCGAACGAUGGGUACAAGACCAGAAUCGUGGGGAGACUCAAGAAGCGUAUGAAAAGCGAAUCAAGGACAUGAAGUCCUGCGACCUCACUUUCGGCAAUGGCAAUCGCAGAUGCAUCGGAGAACUCAUGGGUUUAACUCAGGUUUAUAAAGUGGUGUUUGCGUUGAUCACUCGCUACGAGAUGACCUUAGUCGACAGCGAGCGAUGGAGUGUCAAAAACUUCUGGUUUCUCCAACAAGAAGGCUUGGAGGUGGAGAUUAAGAAGCGAACGCGGAGAUAG